UCGACCUGACUUGUAAUGAUUACAUAUCAAAUUUUGAAUUUGAUGUCUUCACAAGGUUGUUUCAACCUUGGGCUACCCUCCUCAGCAACUGGAAGAUACUGGCCGUUACUCAUCAUGGUUAUGUGGCAUUCUUGACGUAUGAUGAAGUGAAGGCACGUCUUCAGAAGUACAUCAAUAAGGCAGGAAGUUAUGUGUUCAGGUUGUCGUGCACCAGAUUGGGGCAAUGGGCAAUAGGCUACGUAACGCCAGACGGCGAAAUUCUGCAAACCAUACCGCAAAAUAAAAGUCUGAUACAAGCUCUCUUGGAUGGAUAUCGAGAAGGAUUCUAUCUCUACCCCGAUGGCAGAUCAGUCAACCCUGAUCUAUCAUGGGCUGUCCAGCCUAGUCAAGAAGACCAUAUUGCUGUUACUCAGGAGCAGUACGAGUUAUACUGUGAGAUGGGUAGUACAUUCCAACUAUGUAAAAUUUGUGCCGAAAACGACAAAGAUGUACGCAUUGAACCUUGUCAGCACCUGUUAUGCACACCUUGCCUCACGGCCUGGCAAGCGGGAUCCGAGGGCCAAGGCAGCCAAGGUUGUCCCUUCUGUAGGGCUGAAAUAAAAGGCACCGAGCAGAUUGUUGUGGAUCCUUUUGACCCGAAGAAAUCCCAUCAACGAAAAACGUUUACGACCGCCUCUGGAAAUACCGGAAACAUUGAUGAUGAAGACUUCGAGUUAGAGGACGUUGGAGAGUUAUGGAACUGUGCUGGCAGUAGUCUACAUGCACUUUCAAUAGCUCCCAGAAGUGAAAUAUCGGCUUCGGCUAGUCCAAUGAUUUCGCCAGGAAGCAGUCCUAGAUGCUUGCGCAGAAACGUGCCAGUAAUUGUUCCCAGUUCACUUCCCCCACCGCUACCUCCAAGAAAAAGUUCGCCCACACAUGAGCAAACAAUUCUUCCAACUACAUCAACCAUGGGUAUGCGAAACGGUGCCACCUCAAAUGCGGGUUUAAGUGAAGCACAAUCAGUCACGAAUUUAUUACAAAAUCCAGUAGAAGUACCUCAAAUACCAAAGAGCAGCUCGAUGCUGAACAUCGAGUUACAUAGGAAUAACAGUAUUGAGCAUGAAAAUGAAGUUAGUUCCCCAGACACAAUAUAUGGAGUUGUUAUACAAAAUUGUGAUUACUAUGAUAGAAAUGUCUUCGAUUUUAAAACACCCAACAGGCAUCUGAGUUGUCCGUCGAACAGGAGCGGUCCUAGAGCACCAAAACCUGUAAAAUCAAACACAACACCUAAUAUUAGUCAAACUUCUGAUCCCAAUCUACCUCCACAGUAUGAAAACGUAGAAUUAGAAAUACCACCUAAGAUCAAACAAAGAUUCAACCCUCUGGAACGGGAAACAAAUGUUCCUUAUGAAAACCUCAACAUGGAUUACAUCAAGAAGUUGGUUAGCGAAGGAUAUUCUAGAGAUUCGGUUAUAAAAGCUUUGGGGAUCACCAGGAACAAUGUUGAUAUGGCUUGUGAUAUUUUGCAUGAGUUCGGAACAAAAUUAGGAUAGCAAACAUAAUUUUUCUACAUUCAGCUUAUGCAUUUCAACAGCAAAUUGAAGUUGUAAGGUUUAAGUUUCAAAACCCAAUUGAUCAUCUAGGUUUAAGGAUAGAAAACACCAAAAGGGUAAAAGUUGGACCUAGAUUAGUCCAGUGCUUACUUCACUGGUCAAUUAAGUGGUAGUCUGUAGGCAAUAUUAGUAUAGCAGGAUAUCUCUGUGAAUCAUAUUUUGGAUAAUUCCCAUAUUUUGCUAGCAAAACAAACAUUCAGAGUGAUUUCAAAUCUUAUUUUAUUCAUCAAUGAAUGUGUUGCCGAUUUUUCUUUUCCUAACGAAAAUAUGUCUUAUCAACUUUUCACAUCCCACUGAGAUAGUUGACAAUAUUUUGAACCUAUUUUUUUUGAGUAUUCAGCUUUCCACAAUAUGAAAAAUGACAUUAGAUCAAUCGAGAAUCUACUAUAGUGUAAGAAAGGACAAACUGAAAAGUUCACCCCGAAGAGUUACUGCGUAAAACAAAUCACUGAAAGGUUCAAUUAGUCAGUAACUUGUAUCCACAAAUUUUGCCUACUAAUUGAAUAAUCUAUGGAGAAAAAAAUCAUGUACUCAGCGGUCGGUAGCCAGGCGGUUCGACGUGGGUGCUUUGU